UCAAGGUCAUAUGACAUGUGUUCCAUUCAUGAUUUGACACUUGUAAACAGAGUGGGAAAAGGUUGGUGUUGUAAAUUAUUAUUACAAUCUGAAAUACAAAUUCUUAUUAUGGUUAAUGCAGCCUGAAAUUUUUUUAUAUUAUGCUAAACAGUUGUUUUAGAUGCAAUAGGCAAUCAUUUCAAGUAUACUGUAGUUGUUUUUCGACAAAUUGUCAACGUGCAGUGCCAUUAACUCAACAAGAAGUUUCUGCUGCAUUAAGACCUUUUUAUUUUGCAGUGCAUCCUGAUUUAUUUUAUCAGUUUCCUAGAGAGAAGGAAAUAAAUGAAAAUUCUUUGAAGCAGCUGAAUUUCUAUUUGGAAACAGUUUUGAAAAAUUUGCCCACAAGUCCAAUAUCAUUAACAUUUUGUCUGAAAGAUGGACAGCCUAAAGUCAACAAGAGCGCAUCUUUUAAGCAUGUAAAUAUUCACCUUCUUGAUAAAGAUGUACAUCGCCUUCUUCAUAAGAUUUUAUCUACUUGCCAAUUGUCAACCGACUAUCUGGAUGCCUUAAAAAAAUCCAAACCAUCAAUUAAGGUAAAUAAGAAGCCCAAAGAACCGCCCACUUCUCAGCCAGCUGAUGAUAAAUUCCACUCUACCUGGUGGAGAGAAGCACAACAAGCAGCUGAAGAUAUUGAACAACGAAUUAGAAAUGAACCUGAUAUGGAUAUGAAGUUUUGGCUCAACAAGAAUGCUGAAAAAGCACUCAUUAGAUUACAAGCUAGUCAACCUUUAAGGGAUGAAACAGAAAGAUUGUGCAAAGAAUUGAAAGAGCUUUUACAUUUAAAAGAAAUUGUUUGGAAUUGUGGCUGGGGUAUCACACACUUCAGGGGUUGUCUGCAAAGCUUCAAAACUCUGUAUCUUCAGCAUCCCGAUAUUAUGAGUACUCUGUCUGGUCGAACCCUUGUUUUCGGCAGGCAAACUGGUGUGAGUUUUGAAGGUCACAUCAUUCUCAGCAGUGAAGAUGUUCGUAAUCAUUGGAUUGAUAUGAUACAGUCAGUUGGCCAGUUUGAUGAAUUGCUUAGUCAAGUGCCUCAAGCGGAGAGAUCGCUUUCUGAAGUUUUGAGAGGAAUUCUAGUGGAUCACAGAAAAUUCCAGCCUGCUGUGAUGGUUCAAAAAUAUAGUCAACAGCUUGGCAAGCUAACGUCUGCUCUUUACAAGCAUCGUUGGGUACAUGGAUAUCCAUCAUCAUGGCCUCGGAGAUUGGAUAAAUUCCAGAUAGUUGUUGAGUGUGAAGCUGGUCCACUUAUGUUAUCACCCACUGGUCAAUUCAUUGUGCCCGCUUCAUGUCCAGCACUUUUGCUAGUGGAUUUUAUUUCAAAAAAUAUGGAAGAGGCUAAUCAUAGGUUGCAGUUGUACAACACAAUGAAAAGAAAAGAGCUGAAAGUUUAUAUGCAGAGCAUGUCUGAACUUGGGUUAAGUUCAUUAGAAAAAGAUGACAACAUCACCCCAGACCUAAUGGUUCACUGCUGCGAGAGAUUACUAGAAGAGCCAACCUAUUUUGGGUGCAAAUUGUUGGAUUUAAGAUUGCGAAUAACAAAUUACUAUUCUAUACUGCAAGAUGGUGAGAUGUGUAUUCCUUGGGACUGGAUGAGUAAGAAUUUGUGAUGAACAUUAUUUAAUUGUAGAAUAGAGAUGUAUAUUUUUGUAGUAUAAUAAUUGUUGACAUUUCUCGGAGUUUUAAAAAAGUGGCUUGUUUACUAUAACUGGUUGUGCCAUUGUGAUAAAUAAUAAAGCCUUAUUUCUUUUUC